AUGGAAAACCCACCCAAAUCACCUAACAUACCACCGGACGACAUUGUCAUGGAAGAAAACGCAACCCAAUCCCACUCCUACAAGGAAAUACUACUUGACAAGCAAAAUACUGCACAAGCGAAUUACUUCGCUGCAGAACUCCAAUCCACCCUAACGCAACAACAAGGCAAGGAAACAAUAGGUCCUAUAAUACUCUCUCAAGAGGACAAAAACAGGCUAUAUGAACCAUGGCGUUUCUCAAUUAUCAUAAAACUCUUUGGGAAAAAAAUGCCACACUAUCUCCUCCGAUCUAAAUUAGUUGAUUUAUGGAACCCAUCCGAACAGUUGAUCUUGAUCGACCUAGGAUGGGAUUUUUUCAUAGUCAAAUUUGGUAAAGAGGAGAACCUAGUGAAGGCUAUACAAAAAGGACUAUGGUUCAUAUCAGGAAAUUUCCUCUCAGUAAGAAGAUGGGAACACAAAUUUGUCCCACAAGAAGCGACUCUAUCCUUCACUGCAAUUUGGGUAAGACUGCCACAACUACCCACCGAGUUCUAUGACAAGGAAGUCCUGGAAAAAGUGGGCAGGAAACUAGGGAAACUCCUAAAAGUUGAUACGUGCACUUCAGCCACUCUCAGAGGAAGAUAUGCACGGAUAUGCAUAGGGGAAAAUGUACUAUGCACUGGUUGUGGAAGGAUAGGGCACAUCUUGAAAGGAUGCAUGCACAGACAAAAACAACGACAACCACAAAUGCAAGAAAGCCCAGAGUGUUCAAAUACUAAGCAAAGCGAUGUUUUAGGCCAUACUCCAAACAAUGAGCAAGAAGAAGAACGGAAAGUGGUCUCAUUCCCAAGAAAACGUAAAAAAGAGUACAGCACAAAGCAAAAUGAAGCAACGGACAAGAAGAGAAAAGAUACACAAUCAACAAAGCCAGAAGGCAACAAAGUGAAAAUGUUCGACGCUACAUCCGGUAAGUUCCUUGGUACUCAAACUUUCCGAUACACCAAUAAAUCUAACACGUUACAGGAGAUGGACCGGAUCCAACCCACUACCUCAAAGGGACAACAAAUUGGACAAUAA